AUGGAAAGCGCUGUCACCAUGCCGAUGUAUCACGUGUCUCGUACAACGAGAUUUAUCAGAUUCUGGAAGGCUCUUCCCCACAUGCUCAUAAAAGAAUAUCCCGAGCAAACUAUCAUGUAUUCUACGUUUGGGUUAGCUGGGGUGAUUAUUGCCAUCUACAAACUCAGUAAAUAUGGAACGGAAGGAGGGAAGCCGUACUACCGCGGUUACUACGACGUUGUUCGUCCAAACGACCCUAUUGCUUUGUCAUGGAGGAAGCCUGAAGAUUAUCCCGCUCCAUAUCUUUCUCCUAACGUUGAGACCGACUAUUAG